GAAGAGACGACUUCCCACUCCAGACCCCAAUAUUAUCCUCCUCCCAUACUCUGAAAUCUCUUCCUGUGCGUGCGUUUUUGUGAAAGAUCCUCCAUAAUCUUUGGUAGCAUAACCAGUUCACAAUAUCAACAUAUGGCAGCGUCUCCGAUUGCAGCUCUAACGCCUCAAUUUCACCAUUACAUUGACAGUAAAAAUCCCAAUUUUUCUUCCUCAUCUUAUCCAUUAUCUUCCUGUAAAUUGAAUCAGAGCAUCAAUCCCAUCGCUAUUCCGAGUUUGUCAUGGCCAGGAAGUCAAACUGGGAAGGCUAGAAGAUCUCUUCAUGUGCAUGGUCUAUUUGGUGGUAAAAAGGAUAACAAUGAUAAGAGUGAUGAUGGUUCUUCAAAGGCUGGGAUAAUGGGAAACAUGCAAAACCUGGUUGAGACUGUAAAGAAGGCACAAAUGGUUGUCCAAGUGGAGGCAGUACGUGUGCAAAAAGAACUUGCUGUAGCGGAGUUUGAUGGUUACUGCGAAGGUGAACUAGUAAAGGCAACACUUUCUGGGAACCAACAACCUGUACGAAUUGAGAUAACUGAGGCUGCCAUGGAACUGGGACCUGAAAAUUUCGCAUGUUUACUGAUACAGAAACUCUCUCUUCUGGUAACUGAGGCAUACCAGGACGCACACCAGAAGAGUGUUCUGGCUAUGAAGGAAAGAAUGAGCAAUCUUGCCCAAAGCUUAGGAAUGCCACAAGGGUUAAGCGAGGGACUGAAGUGAAGACUGUGAGACGCCUUCAAUUUUGUAGAAGAGCUUUUGCAUCAUUUAUGUUCUGCUAACCUACAAGUUUAUGUUACACAGUUGACGUAGAGAAUGCGAUGUUUCUACAUUAACUUCAACUUGAGCUGCUAUAUUCGCUGUAAAGCUUCUUCUGUUGGUUUCCCAUAUGCCGGUGAUUCAGUUUCAGAUACACAUGGAAUUUUAUUCUAUCUUCUAGAUCGGCUUCUUUAAUGAAAAUUACACUCGUUAUUUUCAUAAUAUGUAAUCUCAAUUUCACGAAGCAGCAUAAACUGUAUUUCUGUCUUUAUA